AUGUUUGGAAGCCGGAUAAUGGUUUGGAGCUUUGAAGAUAGAUACAGAAGUUUCUACAAGCAUUUCUCUUCCAAAGAACAUGAUCUUCAUACCGUUGUUUCCUUCCAACUGCAGAAGUUUAUAUUUAGUCCAUAUCCACCUGAGAAGCACUAUGAUACAAUUCUUUGUUUGAGUGUAGCAAAGUGGAUUCAUCAAAACUGGGGAGAUGUUGGUUGGAGACUGCUUCCUCCGGGUGGCCGGCAGGGUGGCAUUCUUGUUUUGGAGCCUCAACCUUGGAAGUCUUAUGAAGCCAACUAUAGUGUUUCCGAGGCUCCUCUUGUCCCAAGAUUUCACAGAUCAAGCAAAUGCAAAUGGGAAAGCAAGUUUUAUAUGAAACAUGCAUCCUAGUAAAAACGGUACAUCGAAACCAAUCAUAAAGCAAUGAACUUGCAAACAGGGUUUCUCUCAAAGAAGAAAAAAAUAGCAUUUUUGGUACACAACUGAGUGUGAGUGUGAUACUGUUAUUGCUGGCCGUAGUGCUUGUGUUUGUGUUUGAAUGGCCGUCUAUAACAUUCUGGUGGCAGUACCCCGUUGGAUCGUCUCCGUGUAGGGUGUAAGCAGUAAUCAUAUAUCAUGUAUUUCUGGCGGAUUUCCCUAAGCUUGGUCGACUGAGAAGCACUUAGCUGUGCAUGAACUGGAGAAGUCCACCAGCGCGAUAGCGUUAUUGCUGGUAGUAGUGCUUGUGUUUGUGUUAGCAUUCUGGUGGCAGUACCCCGUUGGGUCUACGUGUAGGGUCUAAGCAGUAAUCAUAGAUCAUGUAUUUCUCGCGGAUUUCCCUAAG